AUGGUGAGAACUCCUUCCUCUGAUAAGAAUGGAUUGAAGAGAGGUUCAUGGAGCGACGAAGAAGAUAAUAAGCUGAGAGCUUAUAUACAAAAAUAUGGCCAUUGGAACUGGCGUCAACUCCCCAAGUUUGCAGGUCUUUCUCGAUGUGGGAAGAGUUGUAGAUUGCGAUGGAUGAAUUACCUACGACCAGGUGUGAAGCGCGGGAACUACAGCAAAGAAGAAGAGCAUAUGAUUAUGAAAUUACACGAGGAGCUGGAAACAAGCUCUAUGUCUACAAAUUUAAGAAGCACCAACUGGGAUGCAGAAGAUGGCAUGGCCAUCAGUUCACUGGAAUCGUUCGCUGGACCGCUUGGAAAUUUCUGGAGUGAACCGUUUUUGGAAAACACAUUCUACUACCAAAAUUAUUACUCAUCACCUUCAACAGAGGGAGGGCUUAUGUCUCCAAAUUUGUUAUACGAUGAUGAUGCUAUUAAUUUGUUCCACCAUUAA